UCCAUGCCCUGGAUAAAGACAAACUCUGCCCUCACGCCAUCUACACCUACACCUGCCCAUUUAUUCUUUCUUCUCAUUUUCUGGGUAUGACUAUUGCUUUCUCUCUUUCUUAUAAAUACCAUACAUACCCUUCAUCACCAUCUCCACUUCUCAUUCAACAAAACUGUUAAGAUCUCAUUGUGUUGUGUUUCUCAUCCUUUCUAUUUCAAUUUAUUGUGGGUUUUUCAUAUAUAUAACAAAAAGAAAUGUUGGCUAUAUUUCACAAGGCCUUUGCUAAUCCACCAGAAGAGCUCAAUAGCCCUGCAUCUGUCAAUGGAUCCAAGAAACCAAAGCUUCCAGAAGAGACUCUCAAAGAGUUCCUCUCUGCUCAUCCCACCAACGCUUUCUCAAUGAGCUUCGGACACGCCGCCGUGCUCGCCUACGUCCGCCAAGACCAGACUUUCUCUCUCCACCAGAGGUUAUUUUGUGGGUUUGAUGAAAUUUAUUGUCUCUUCUUCGGGAGCUUGAACAACCUGUGCGCUCUGAAUAAACAAUAUGGGCAAUCAAAGAACACAAACGAAGCUAUGCUCGUGAUCGAAGCGUACCGGACUCUCCGUGACCGGGGACCUUAUCCGGCUGAUCAGGUCGUCAAGGAUUUUGAAGGAAGCUUUGCCUUUGUUGUCUAUGAUAGCAAGGCAGGCUCUGUUUUUUCUGCACUGGGUUCUGAUGGUGGAGUUAAGCUGUUCUGGGGUCUUGCAGCUGAUGGCUCUGUGGUAAUUUGUGACGAUUUGGAGGUCAUAAAAGCAGGCUGUGCCAAAUCAUAUGCUCCCUUCCCAUCAGGUUGCAUGUUUCUCAGUGGAGGAGGAUUGAUGAGUUUCGAGCACCCGAUGAACAAGAUGAAAGCAAUGCCUAGGAUUGAUAGUGAAGGGGUGAUGUGUGGGGCCAACUUCAAGGUUGAUAAGUACUCAAGGGUUAACAGCAUCCCACGCGUUGGAAGUGAAGCCAAUUGGACUGAUUGGAACACAAAUUAGCUGACGCAACACCAACAUUGAUGCUUCAACCAACCAAUCUUCUGCGUUACUUUCCUUGUAUUUUCCUUUCGUUUCCUCUUUAGUUUGUACUAAUUUCCCAGUGAGCGUGGAUACAGGGUUUUGAGAGAAUGAUACAUAAAUAAAAAUCACUUUUCACA